AUGCACGGGUAUCUGCUAGUAUCUAUCUAUCUAUCUAUCUAUCUAUCUAUCUAUCUAUCUAUCUAUCUAUCUAUCUAUCUCUCUCUAUAUAUAUACUAUUAUUAUUAUUAUAUAUAUGAUUGCACAUGCAUGUGUAUAUUUACCAUUAAUAUUAUCUAUCUAUCUAUCUAUCUAUCUAUCUAUCUAUCUAUCUAUCUAUCUAUCUAUCUAUCAGCAUUAACUCUAUCUAUCUAUCUCAGUCUGUUCAUAUCUAUCUAUCUAUCUAUCUAUCUAUCUAUCUAUCUAUCUAUCUAUCUAUCUCAGUCUGUUCAUAUCUAUCUAUCUAUCUAUCUAUCUAUCUAUCUAUCUCAGUCUGUUCAUAUGUAUCUAUCUCAGUCUAUUCAUAUCUAUCUAUCUAUCUAUCUAUCUAUCUAUCUAUCUAUCUAUCUAUCUCAGUCUGUUCAUAUCUAUCUAUCUAUCUAUCUAUCUAUCUCAGUCUAUUCAUAUCUAUCUAUCUCAGUCUAUUCAUAUUCAUCUAUCUAUCUAUCUAUCUAUCCAUCUAUUCAUCUAUCUAUCUCAGUCUAUUCAUAUCUAUUUAUCUCAGUCCAUUCAUAUCCAUCUAUCUAUCCAUCUAUCUAUCUAUCUAUCUAUCUAUCCAUCUAUCUAUCGCAGUCUGUCCACAUCUAUUUAUCUCAGUCUAUUCAUAUCCAUCUAUCUAUCUAUCUAUCUAUCCAUCUAUCUAUCCAUCUAUCUCAGUCUGUUCAUAUCCAUCUAUCUAUAUCUAUCUAUCCAUCUAUCUAUCUAUCUCAGUCUGUUCAUAUGUAUCUAUCUCAGUCUAUUCAUAUCUAUUCAUCCAUCUAUCUAUCCAUCCAUCCAUUCAUCUAUCCAUCUAUCUAUCUCAGUCUGUUCAUAUUCAUCUAUCUAUCUAUCCAUCUAUCUAUCCCAGUCUGUUCAUAUGUAUCUAUCUCAGUCUAUUCAUAUCAUUCAUCUAUCUAUCCAUCUAUCUAUCUAUCUAUUCAUCUAUCUAUCUAUCUCAGUCUGUUCAUAUCCAUCUAUCUAUCCAUCUAUCUAUCUAUCUCAGUCUAUUCAUAUUCAUCUAUCUCAGUCUAUUCAUAUCUAUCUAUCUAUCUAUCUAUAUCUAUCUAUCUAUCUAUUCAUCUAUCUAUCUAUCUAUCUAUCUCAGUCUGUUCAUAUCUAUCUAUCUAUCUAUCUAUCUAUCUAUCUAUCUAUCUCAGUCUAUUCAUAUCUAUUUAUCUCAGUCUAUUCAUAUCUAUCUAUCUAUCUAUUCAUAUCUAUCUAUCUAUCUAUCUAUCUAUCUAUCUCAGUCUGUUCAUAUCUAUUUAUCUCAGUCUAUUCAUAUCUAUCUAUCUAUCUAUCUAUCUAUCUAUCUAUCUCAGUCUGUUCAUCUCAGUCUGUUCAUAUCUAUCUAUCUAUCUAUCUAUCUAUCUAUCUAUCUAUCUAUCUAUCUAUCUAAGUUUGACAAUAUAG